AUGGUCCUUCAAUAUCGCACAAAACUGCUUCAAGAGUUCACAAAGGACCUUCCACCAUUUCAAAUUAGUCACUCUUACAUUAGCGAGAUUCGUAAAAUUCGAGAUGAAUUUCAUGUGGAAAAAGCGGAGCUGGAACAGGAAUUAAAAGAACUGAAACGGAAAGGAGACGAGCAACAAAAGGAACAAGAACUUCUUCUAAAACAAGAUGAAAUUCAUCGAAAGCAACAAAAGGAACAAGAACUUCUUCUAAAACAAGAUGAAAUUCAUCGAAAGCAACAAAAGGAACAAGAACUUCUUCUAAAACAAGAUGAAAUUCAUCGAAAGCAACAAGAGAUCUAUCGCAAGCAACAAGAAUUGCAGAACAAGAAAAUCCGUGCUCAAGAAGACGCUACAAAAAAUGCAAAAGCUAGUGGAGGGUGCUCGAUUUCCUGA